UGGUUCUUUCUGUCUUCACUGGUUUCUACGUCCAAGCCACUUUCCGCACAAGAAGAAGAUUGCUGUCGCUUUUUCGACCUCAGUGGAGCGGGAUGGCGCAGACUGAAGGAUCUAGUUUGAUUGAACAGUACUGUGGAUCCAAGUUCUGGGACGACAACCUGACGUUCCACGCCAGCGACCCGGACCUGACACCAUGCUUCCAGCAAACGGUCCUGGUGUGGGUGCCAUGCGCCUUCCUGCUGGCGCUGAGCUCCGUGGAGGCGACCUUUCUCGCGGGCAGCCGGGCCCGCCAUGUGCCCUGGACCCUGCUCAACGUAGCCAAGCUGAUGCUGACGUGUCUACUCUCUGUGUUGUGUAUAAUCGACAUAGGAUUCACUUUUUCAUUUGAAGCUCAAGGCUACCAGAUGAACAUAGUUGACUACGUUACCCCAGCGAUAAAAUUCGUCACUCUAGUUGUAUGUUGCAUUCUUCAGUACUACAACAAAAAGAAAGGACUAAGAACGUCAGGUGUUCUCUUCAUAUUUUGGUUCUUACUUGCUCUGUUCGGCGCUGUGCAGUUCCGGUAUGAGAUAAGAAAUCUUCAAAAUGAAGAGCCUCCAGAUCCAAUUUAUCCCUCCAUCAGCUAUAUUGUAUUCUACGCCAUUACUCUAGUCAUGUUUCUCUUAAAUUUUUUGUUGGACGCUGUACCAAAGGAGUCGGAAUAUGAGGACAUGAAGAGACCUUGUCCAGAGGUGACUUCUCCAUUUCCAAUCAAUCUACUGUUCCUGUGGUUUGACAAGUUCGUGUGGAGAACUUACCGAUCGUCUGUUAGCGAAGAAGAGCUUUGGGAUCUGAAGCCUGAAGAAUCCAGCAAAUCUGUGGUCCCUCGAUUUGAAAAACAUUGGAAUAAAGCAGUCAGGAAAUCGCGAGACGACGUUCUGGUGGCUAAGCUUGGUUCUAAAUCCGGGAGUCUGGACUUCAAGCAGCACGAGGCGGCGAGGGCAGCGACAGUGUUGCCGGCUCUAUGCCGCGCGUUCGGUGCCACGUUCCUCAGCUCGUCCGUGCUGAUGCUCUGCAACGUUGUGGUGACGUUCGUCAACCCGCAAAUACUCAGUAAUCUGAUAGCAUUCGUCAGCAGCGACGACCCCUUUUGGCUCGGCAUAGUGUACGCAGUCCUCAUGCUGGUGUUCGCCUUGCUUCAGCCCAUGUUCAGCAGCCACGGCACCGUGCUGGUCAUGAAGACGGCUGUCAGGGCCAGAACGGCUCUCAUAUCCAUCAUCUACCGCAAGGCGCUGACGAUGUCUAACAACGCUAAGAAGGAGUCGACAGUAGGAGAGAUCGUGAACCUUAUGAGUGUGGACGCGACGAGGGUCUACGAGUCGGUGAUCUACCUCAACUGGGCGUGGAUGUGUCCUCUGCAGAUAGCCGUAGCUCUCUAUUUCCUCUGGCAGCGCGUGGGUAUCGCUGCUUUGUCAGGCUUGGGGGUCAUGCUGCUGCUAAUCCCACUGAACGUUUACGUGGCCAGCAAAGUGAAGACUCUUCAGGUGGCGCAGAUGAAGAUCAAGGACCAGAGACUGAAGAUGAUGAACGAGAUCCUGGGUGGCAUGAAGGUCCUGAAGCUGUACGCGUGGGAGCGGUCCUUCGAGGAGCGGGUGGAGCAGAAGCGCCAGGAGGAAGUCAGGAUACUGCGACACACGGCCUACCUGAACGCAGCCACCUCAUUCAUCUGGACCUGCGCGCCUCUCCUGGUGAGUCUGCUGACCUUCACUACUUACGUCCUCAUGGACGAGAACAACGAACUGGACCCUCAGACGGCGUUCGUGUCGGUCAGCUUGUUCAACCUCAUCCGCGCGCCGCUGGCCAUCAUCCCCAUAAUGGUGGCAAACAUCAUACAGGCAAAUGUGUCCUUGAAACGUAUCAACAAGUACCUCGCCACUGAAGACAUUGACAUGACCUCUGUGAGUCAUGAUAAACAGGAAAAGGUCGCCGUGAGCGUGAGGGCCGGCUGGUUCGCGUGGGGCCGCGGGCAGGAGCCGGUGCUGAGGGGCGUGAGCGUGGUGGUGCCCGAGGGCUCGCUGGUUGCGGUGGUGGGGACCGUGGGCUCGGGCAAGAGCUCCCUCGUGUCCGCCAUGCUGGGCGAGAUGGACGUGGCGGGCGGCAGCGUCAACACCACGGGGUCCACGGCGUACGUGCCGCAGCAGGCGUGGAUCCAGAACGCCACGCUCAGAGACAACAUCGUGUUCGGCAGACCGCUGGACCACGCCUUCUACCAGCGAGUCAUCGACGCGUGCUCGCUCAGGUCUGACCUGGCCAUCCUCCCAGGCGGCGACCAGAUAGAGAUUGGCGAAAAGGGCAUCAACCUGAGUGGGGGUCAGAAGCAGAGGGUGUCUCUCGCCAGAGCCGUGUACCGGGACAGUGAUGUGUACCUGCUGGAUGACCCGCUGAGUGCUGUCGACAGCCACGUCGGGAAACACAUCUUCGAGCAGGUCAUAGGACCGGCUGGACUUCUUAAAAACAAGACGCGGGUGCUGGUGACGCACGGCAUCACCUUCCUGCCGAGCGUGGACCUAGUGGUGGUGCUGAAGGCGGGCGAGGUGUCGGAGACGGGCACCUACCAGCAGCUCGUGCAGAGCCGAGGGGCCUUCUCCGAGUUCCUGGACCAGCACCUGCAGGAUAUCGUGGCCAGCGACGCGCCCGAAGAGAGUCUGGAGGAGGUGAAGCGGCAGCUGGAGAGCACGCUGGGCAAGGAGGAGGCCGAGCGCAAGCUGAACAGAGCCAUCUCGCAGGUGUCGGAGACCCGCAGCCUGGUCGGCUCCACGGGCGGCACGGCGACCCCGUUCGCUUCGAGGAGCGGGUCUGUGCGCAGCAGGCGGUCGGGCGGCGGCUCCGUGCGGCGGCGGCGGAACAGUCCGGGGGCGGGCAAGCAGCCGGCCGUCAGCGGACAGAAGCUCAUCGAGGCCGAGAGGGUCGAGCAGGGCACCGUGAAGGCAGCCGUGUUCACGUACUACGUGAAGGCCAUGGGCCUGGCGCUGGCCCUGCAGACGGCCGCCUACUUCGCCGCCAUGCAGGUGUUCCAGUCGGGCGAGAAUGUGUGGCUGUCCGUGUGGUCGGAGAACCAGCUGGGAGUCGUGGACGAGACCACUGGCGUGACCAGCAACCCGCAGGACAUGUACCUCGGCGUCUACGGCGGCAUGGGGCUGGGCCAAGCGAUUUUCUCUUUCCUGGGGACCCUGGCGGUGAGUCUGGGCGCACUGCAUGCCUCUGCAGUGCUGCAUGCUGAUCUCCUGUGCAAUGUGAUGCGGCUGCCACAGUCACUGUUCGACACCACACCUAGCGGCCGCAUCCUCAACCGCUUCUCGAGUGAUGUGAAUGUGCUGGACCUCUCCUUCCCCAUGUUGCUGCGCAUGAGCAUUCCUAAUGUAUUCAAGAUUGUUGGUACCAUAAUCAUCAUCAGCUACACUACACCCAUUUUUCUGGCAGUGGUUGUACCUAUCGGUGUAAUCUACUAUUUCUUGCAACGGGUUUACGCGGCAGCGAUCCGGCAAGUAAGAAGAAUUGAAUCUGCCAGCAAAGCUCCAAUUUUCUCACACUUUGAAGAAAGCAUCACGGGUGCAACAACCAUACGGGCAUACAAAGUCCAGAGCACGUUUAUAAAUACUUCGGACCGGCGUGUGGACACCAACCAGAGAGCUACUUACCCUACUAUCAUCUGCAGCGGGUGGCUGACACUAAGGGUAGAAGUAGUUGGAGCUUUCGUUGUGUUCUUCGCUUCUUUGUUUGCUGUUCUCAAUCGGGGAAGCACGAAUGCUGGCUUAGUUGGAUUAUCUGUUAGCUAUGCAUUGCAGUUCACAUCUGUCCUCACCUUAUUGGUGAGAUCAGCAUCUGAUAUAGAGUCAAACAUAGUUGCUGUUGAGAGAAUCAAGGAGUACACUAAACUAACACAAGAAGCACCGUGGGAGCUGCCAGAGCAAUCCGUGCCCUCAAACUGGCCGCAGGAGGGGCGAGUCGAGUUCCGCAACUACCAGCUAAGGUAUCGCGAGGGUCUAGAUCUGGUGCUCAAAGGGAUUAACCUCACCAUCAAUGGAGGGGAGAAGGUGGGAAUCGUGGGCCGAACGGGCGCUGGGAAGUCGUCCCUCACCCUGGCCUUGUUCCGGAUCGUGGAGCCGGCGGGAGGCACCAUCUACAUCGACGGAGUGGACGUGACCGCGAUCGGCCUGCACGCGCUGCGCUCGCGCAUCACCAUCAUCCCCCAGGACCCGGUGCUGUUCUCCGGGACCCUCCGGCUGAACCUCGACCCCUCCGGAGAUCUCCCGGAGGAGGCGCUGUGGACAGCUCUGGAGCAGGCUCACCUCAAUGAGUCCGUGGCCUCUCUGCCGGCGGGCCUGGACUUCGAGGUGUCGGAGAGCGGAGAGAACUUCAGUGUGGGGCAGCGACAGCUGAUCUGCCUGGCCCGGGCUCUGCUCAGGAAGACCAAAGUGCUGGUCCUCGAUGAGGCAACGGCCGCUGUCGAUCUGGAGACGGACGAUCUCAUACAGGCAACUAUCAGGGUGGCAUUCAAAGAGUGCACGGUACUCACGAUUGCACACAGACUCAAUACUAUUCUUGACUCCAACAGGGUCAUGGUGUUGGACAAAGGAUAUGUUAUAGAGUUUGAGCCUCCAGAAAAACUUCUCCUCAACACGAAUUCUGUUUUCUACGGAAUGGCGAAGGAUGCUGGUCUCGUUUAGCCCGCCGCUGCACUUGUUUUUUUAUUAUUGCAUGUUUUUUGGUUUACGUUCGUGUUUCCAUGGCGACGGAAGUUUGAGAGAACUUCUUCAGUGUGCCGGUGCACCUCAAUAAUGUGUUACAAAUACUGCACAGCAUAAAUUUCUUUUAGCCUUAUAAAACACUGUUUUGGCAUGUGAAUUUCAGUUACACGCGUGCACUCGUGAAAAAACUUGAUUUUGAAUAUGAAGUCCGUCAUGUCAUUUUAAUAUUGCCGACAUAAUUAAAAUCAAAACUUUCAGUUUAAGACAGUAAAUUUAAGUCAUUGUAAAAAUUAUAUUCUUAAAUACAUCAACAAUGCUAGCUAUCCUAAAACAUUUAAAAGGGGUGGUAUUUUUGUUUAAUGUUACAAAAUCAAAAA